AUGGCUAACACAACCGAGAUGGGCUGUUACGUACCGGACCCGAAACGCAGCUUCGUCUUCUCUCCAAUAGCCCUCUUCUGUGCUAUCUGCACUGAAUCCAAGCUCGCCUUUCCGUCCAGCGACAAAUACAUCGGAGACAGCACCCCAAGCCUUCUGCCGUGCGGCCACGUCUUCGGCGAGCAAUGCCUCCAGCUUUGGCUCCAAGACCACGACACCUGCCCGGUGUGCCGGUACAAACUACAAUACGAACUCUGUGCGCACCCUAUUCUGCCUUGUCGGCUGACCUACUACGAUAUCAUGUUCGUGCCUCGAACGAUUCCCGAUGGCGGCACGGUCGGGACCCAGUGCGCUCCAUGCAAGCGGGAGACUGAUCGAAGGGUUGCCGCCGAGCUGUGGUUCCCGUUGGCGGAGAGGUAUUACCAGCAUAAGCUGGCUUGUGAACGGAGAGGCAUUUCGCCGGCAGAUAACUACCUUGUGGUGAGGGCAAAGGCGGCCUUGGAGAAAAUGAUGGCGAAGCUCGCGCCCCCGGACGAUCAGCAGUGGUGA